CUAAAAGAAGCCCCUAGAGCUUAACUAGACACACGCCGGACCGUUAGGCAUGGUUAGGGUUCCCUCCUUACCUAUCGCCCGGUAUUUAAUGGGUGUGUCUGGAAGACGCUGUAGGGUGUGUUAAGGAUAUCCCCCCGGAGAUGGGGGAUUCGAUUUAGGGACAUUUUUAGAACACUUCGUACGAGCACUCAAGUUAGAGCUGCUCGUCACCACGUAAACCAAACCUUUCUUGCGUGCGCUGCACAUGAGUUAUCAAUGGCAUGUAAUUCUUGAUGAAAUACAUAUCCAUGCUAUAGUUACCCCUCCACCAAGCUGGAAAUUCAAAGACACACACUUGAACCAAAAAUCUCAGGAAGCUCCCUACAUCACUCAACUACCGAACUCUCACAAAAGGCCAUGACAGAAGCAAAUGAAGGGCAAAUGCCCGUGUACCCAAUUAUUGACAUUCACACCCAUGUCUAUCCAGACUCCUACCUCAGCCUCCUCCGCUCGCGCACAACGGUACCAUACAUCUACGACCCCCCGGAUGGUAGCCCCGCACGCCUCAUCAUCCUCUCUUCAGAUGACAGCCCCUCCAUCCCGAAAGAGAAGCGUGGCCGUCCCGUCGACUCCAGCUACUCAGACAUCAGCCUCAAACUUGCAUUCAUGCGCAAGCACAACAUCACCACAAGCGUGAUAUCCCUCGCGAAUCCAUGGCUGGAUUUUCUCCCUGCGCAAGACGCGUGUCGUUGGGCAGAGAGGAUCAAUAACGAUCUGGAGAGCAUAUGUGCUGAGCAAAAUGCAAAGGCGGAAGCGAAGAGGAAUAGCAGUAGUACUGGCGAAACAUUGCCGUUGAACGAGUUCUAUUCGCUUUUUGCCUUUGGCGCAUUACCCCUCAGCGCGCCGGAUCCAAAUGCCAUCGUGAACGAGAUAUCCCGUCUUGCAUCGUUGAUGUUUAUCCGUGGCGUCAUCAUGGGCACGUCGGGACUAGGAAGUGGACUGGACGAUCCAGCGCUCGAUCCGGUCUGGGCGGCGUUGGAAAGGACCCGGACGCUCCUAUUCCUGCAUCCGCAUUACGGGCUACCCAAUGCCGCCUUUGGUGGCGAUGAAACCGUGGAGCGCUAUGGCCAUGUGCUGCCGCUCGCGUUAGGGUUUCCCCUAGAAACCACAAUUGCGGUAACGAGAAUGUACCUGGCCGGUGUAUUUGAUCGGUUUCCGAAGUUGGGCAUCCUGCUGGCCCAUUCUGGUGGUACGCUGCCGUUCCUAGCGGGCAGGAUUGAAAGUUGCGUUGCCCAUGAGAGGAAAUUUCUCGCGAACGGGGGGAAUGUUGCUGGGCCAAAGAAGAGCUUAUGGGAUGUACUGAAUCAGAAUAUUUAUCUGGAUGCUGUCAUUUACGGGGAGGCGGGACUGAGGGCUGCUGUGCAUGGGGCAGGGUCUGUGGAUCGAGUUCUAUUUGGAACCGAUCACCCCUUUUUCCCUCCCCUUGAUGGUAAGGAUAAGCAAUGGCUGAGUGUCGUGAUGAACCAGAGAGUUAUCGAUGGCGCUUUCGGAGCUGAGUCGGAUACUGCAAAGGCCAUUUUGGGAGGCAAUGCUGUCAAGAUUCUAAAUCUUGAGAGCUAGGAGAAAGAUCAUAGUUCCAAGAAGUACGGAAAAGUAAAACUUGUUGCGUAGGCAAUAUGGUUUGGAGUAUCAUUAGAUAGGAUAAGUAUAUAGAUAUGCCACGUCAAAUUGACAGAAAGUCCUUCCAGUCAUAAUCAGAAUGCCGGACAUUCGGCAUCCUGACAUUUCGUCUUCCCACAGAUAUCAAGAUAGGAACUGUGAUAAUAGCGAAUGUAGAAAUAAUACAGCUGUAAAAAAC